ACAUAUUAACAUUAAAUUAUUUUAUUAUGCAAUGUAUUUAAAUUUCAAUAAAAUUGAUAUGACAAACUAUAUUUUACAUGCAUAUAUUACGUACAUGUAUUGUAAUGUAACAUGUUAUUUAGUCAUAACCUGUAUUUAUAUAUGACAAAACUGCUGGAGUGGUUAUCGUGUGCAACUGGGAUUUUUAGUAUCUGGUUGGCUACGAUUACAAGCAAUUCUACUUUUGUUAAGGAAUGGCAUGAAUUAAUACUUUUUCUUCCAAUCAUUUGCUUGUUUGUCUUUGGUUUGUACGCAGCUAUCGUCGUUUUGUACAGAGUAUUCACCUUCAAUACUUGCGACAGUGCAGCCAUCGAACUUCAACAACAAAUAGAAGAAGCUACGAAGGAUCUUCAGAGCAAAGGUGUAAUAUUAUCUAAAAAGGCUUCAACCUAAAACUUGCAUAAAUAAAAUUUAAAAUAUUACAGGUUUUCUACUCUAUAUAUCUGUAUGUAUUAUAUUUUAUCUUUAUUUAUAAAAUGAUAACGUAAUAGAAAUAAAAUUGAUAUCUAUAUUAUA